UCGUAUAGAGAUAUUUGAAUACUAUUAUUUCUAAAUAAUUGAAGAUCAGAAUGAUCGAUUAUAUAUAUCAUAAAUGGAUGUUAAUCAUUAUUUCUGCGAAUUUACUGGCAGACGUCUAUUCUGUAGAAACUGUGAACAUAGAUGCUGACGGUGCAGGACUACCAUGCCUGGGACUGCAACACGAACUGAUAGGACAUGAUGAUGUCGCUGUCUGCGCUGGUAGUUGGACAGGAAAUAUCAAAUCUGCAAAUAAUAUUUGUCGAAGUGUGUGGCAUCUUUGUACAUGGGAUGAUGUGGAGGUCUUACACAAAAUAUCUUGGUACGAAGCGACACACGUAAGCGGAUGUUAUGCCAUCAAUGCUGCUCAUGAUGAUCGUACUUGUUCUAAUUGCGAAGGAAAACCACGAGAAGCUGAGAUGGCAGCCAUUGGUGCAGAUUGUGUUGGAUUUAACAAAUCUUCAUUGUCUUGCUUCGGUGGUGGAAGAAUAGAUGCAAGUGUUAGUCAUAUACCACAAUAUGUACCAUGUCAUCAUGCACCCUGGAUAUCAGGAGUCUUGUGUUGCCGAAAUAAAAUUGCAGAAAAUGAACCGAGUAUAGUGGUGCAACCCGAAGAAAGUAUCAACGUUUUCGAAGGGUCAAGCGUGACUUUGAACUGCCAAGCGACCGGGGAACCAAAGCCUACUUAUAAGUGGUUUAAAAACGGUUCUCCUGUAUCGAUUGAUAAACAUAUUGAAGAAUAUAGUACAAUCGGAAGCUUGACUAUAAAUUCAGUCGCGACUAAAGACAAAGGAUAUUGGCAGUGUUUGGCUAUAAACAGUUUAGGAUUUUCUCUGUCGAAUGGGACUAGAUUGAAUGUGGAACAAUUCCGGAAAAACAACAAGCCUGCAAUAGCAUGCCGGAAUCGAAGCAGAGGGAGAAUGCUUGUAAGCUCCGAUGUCGCGGUUUGUGAUGGCAAAUGGAAUGGACAUGUGAAACGGGCAUCGAACAAAAUAUGUGCACGAGGGUGGAAAGUAUGCUCUGUUAAAAAUAUGCAUGCGCUGAAUUAUGUAAACUGGCAAGAAGUGACAAAUAUUACGGGAUGUUACGCAUACAAUGCUGCUUCAUCCAAGUUCUAUCCUUGUACCACGUGUAGACCAAACAAUAUAGCCAAUCGAAUGUCCGGCAUUGGCGCUGGCUGUGGAAAUAUUCAAGAAAAUGGAUACUCUUGCAUGCAGCGAGGUAGGAUAGAUGUGAACCCCAAAUCGCAGUCACAAACGCUUUCGCGAAAACGUCUUCGUUCCUGUGUGUACGUUGAAGGUACAACAACCGGCGUAGCAUGUUGUAGAAAAAGAAUUCCCAGAAAGACAUCAACGAGACGGAAAGGUAAAUCAGCAGGUGCAGAGUCAUCGUGUCCAUGUAAAAAUGGCGGCAUAUGUAUCCCAGGAUUGACAACUUGUAGAUGCAAACAAGGAUAUAGAGGUAGAUUUUGUCAGCGAGUACGUAAAAGAAUUCUACGCAUGCGAGCAAAGCGACAGAAAGGCAUCAAAUGUGGCACAAAUAAAUGUGUAAACAACGGAGUCUAUUAUGAAGGUAGAUGUGUUUGUCCACAGCAUUACCAAGGAAAAGCAUGCGGAAUUUAUCACCCGACGUCUUAAAGAUGAUGAAUUCACUUAAUUGCUCACAAACCCAUUCUUUAUGAUAAGUUUCAGCGAAGAUUUGCAAUCAAUGAUUGUUCUAAAUAAAAAAUGAACUAGACGAUUCCGCCUUGAAGAAUUGUCAACAUUUAUACAUCUUUUCAAUCUCUUUUAUUCUUUUGUUUAUAUUAACUGAGUUUUCUUAUGUAUUAUAAUGACGGAAAUUCUGCGCCCACUGCCUAUUUUAGUCUUCCUAUCAUUCAUCAAUACGACUUCUUCGAAGAUAUAUUAUUAUUCCUUGAUACCAAUCCACCAAAAAAAUAAAUAAUUUUAACCAUAUAAACUCUAAAGCCUAUCAUAUUAAAUGCACAUAAUAUAUUUUAACUUGUGUUCACGCCAGGAAAUUUUUUACCAAAGUUUGUUCAAAAAUUUGAAGUCUGUAAAAUUUUGUCGACGCUGACAAAAUUGAAACAAGGUGAAUUGAUGUUUGUAGUCUUUAUUGUUACGUCGUCAUGAUAUGCCGUAUUGCUCCUUUUAUACAGAGUCUAUUUUAUUUCAAUUAUUUCUACUUACAACAUGCCUUCUACGACAAAUUUAUUAAUAGAAAAUAAAUGACAUGAAAUAGUUAUUAUCAAAUCUGUUCAAAAAUAUAUCAUCUUUAGUUGUUCUGAUUCUGUGCUUUCCCUAACACAAACCAAGAUUUGUUCACGCCUCACAUUAUAUAUAUAUGUUGAGUUUUAAAAGCACCUUAACGUUUAUCUGUAUUAUAAAAAGUAGUUAUUGUGUUCUUGUAUCGUUUUGCUUUUACACUGUGUUUUUGUUUUGCAAUUUUUCAUUAAAACUUCGCAAAACCUUG